CCAACAUCUUCUGCACUUUCUUUCUUCACAUUCCUUAUCAUCUCUCGCUGUUUCUACUCAUACUAUACUGUCUGCUUCUUUAGUUACUCAUCUAACCUCGAGCAUAACUUGCGCUACCCAGCGUUAACCCCUAUCGCCAAACAUGGAUUCCCCAUCACCCCAGGGCCCCUCGGCCCAAAACUCACCCAAACCCGACCAAGCCAAACUCGCUCACAGACCAGCCAAUCGUAAACAAUCUUCUGAUUCUUCCUCGAAUACCCAAAAUGCACCUAUACCAGAUGACAAACACGGUGCCGAUUUGCCAAUGACCAUGUCCGCCUCGGUGGUGCUAACCAGCUUACCCCGCGAUGCCCAUCAAGCAUUGGCGGACGCUGAGGCUGUCGAUACGGGAAAAGUUACCGUUCGCUUUCAGCCACUGCCUUCAGCUCCCAUCCUGAAGAACCGUGUGUUCAAAAUCAGUGCCUCACAAAAAUUCGAAACAGUCGUAAAGUUUCUCAGGAAGAAGCUGGACUGUAAAGAAUCCGACUCGGUAUUCUGUUAUGUCAACAGUGUGUUUGCUCCUGGCUUAGACGAAGGUGUGGGUGGUUUAUGGAGGUGUUUCAAGACUGACGAGCAACUUAUCGUUGCUUACUCUAUGACGCCCGCUUUCGGCUAAUGAUGAGCAGAGGUUGAUGUGUAUUAGUGCAACAGCUGUCUGGACUAUUUACAGGCAACUAUGCGCAAAGAUCGUCAAAGGUCAUUUGACACUGUAUGAGAAUUAUGGACAUGAACAUGAAAUACCAAGGUAUCACAGAAACGACUUGCUGGACAUGAUAUGC